AUGAAACAUUGGAAUGAUGGAUCAAAGAAAUUUGAAGAGGAUUUGCUAGAUGUUUUGAUCAACCUGAAAGAUGAAAAUAAUACUUCGUUGUUGACAAUGAAGGAAAUCAAGGCUCAACUAAUUGAAUUGAUGAUGGCAACAUUAGAUAAUCCAUCGAAUGCAGCUGAAUGGAUAUUGGUGAAAAUGUUGAAUCAACAUGAACUACUUCAAAAAGUCAUUGAAGAGUUAGACAUUAUAGUCGGAAAAGAUAGGUUGGUUCAAGAAUCAUACAUUCCUAAAUUCAACUUCUUGAAGGCUUGUGCAAGAGAAUCUUUUCCUCUCCAUCCCGUAACAGAUUUAAGUCCUCCCCAGUUUGCCAAAAAUUUCCAACAACUGAGGAGGACAUAA